AUGUCAACUGAUCUGGAAGUCAUGAAUGCGACUGAAACAGCAAGUGACAGAUUUCAAUCGAAACUUUUGUAUUGGGAGGAUUUUGUGAUUGGUGUAUACCUGGUGGUUAUAUGUUUCUUCGCGGUGACGCUAAACGUGAUGGUCGUGUGCACGUGCUUCUCGAACUGGUCUCGUCUGUCCCGUAACGACCGUUACAUAAUCAACCUUGCGAUUAGUGACAGCCUCAUGCCUCUCUGCGCUUUCCCACUCACCAUCUCUUCCUCGUUCUCUCACGAGUGGAUCUUCGACGAAAUAGGUUGCACAAUAUAUGGGUUCCUUGGAUUUUUCUUCGGACUUAUAAGCAUAUUGACCUUGACAGUGAUGGCGCUUAUACGCUAUUGCACCAUAUGCCGUCCGAAUAUCAACAUUGCAACAACGAACUGGUCCUUUCUGCUGCUGGUGUUUCCCUAUAUGUUCGGCCUGCUUUGGGCCUCUAUCCCUCUUACAGGCUGGGGAUCGUAUUCCCAGGAGAUGUACGGCAUAUCGUGCUCCCUACAAUGGGCUGACAAUAAAAUAUUCACAACACUGGUGUCUUUGUUUUGCAUCAUGACACCGGCGGCUCUGAUACUAUUCGCAUACGGCCGUAUAUUACUCACCUCCAGGAAGAGUACGAAGGCGAUGGCUCGCUACUCAAACAUCACGUUAGCAAAGCGCAGGCAGCUGUCUAAUAGAGAGUCCUAUCUCACAAAGAUGACAUUUGCGAUGUCCUGGGGCUUUCUCGUCUGUUGGAUGCCUUAUUCAGUCGUCUCCAUGUGGUCGGCGUACGGCAACGCAGACCUUCUGCCAAUGAGACUCGUGGUGGUCUCUGUCUUGCUCGCCAAAUCAUCCACCGUCGUAAACCCCAUCAUAUACUUCCUCCUUAACAGCAAAUUCAGGCAGAAUCUGUCGUCCUUGAUUAGCUUAAUCAGAAGCUGA